GUCAAUCAAUCUGUUUCAUUCUCAAUAUUUCGCGACUUGCGAAACGAAUACGCCUCUGAGAAUACUUUGGCAUAAUUAAUAUAAAAUUUCGUUCGUCUCUUGUAAACUUGACAUUUGCUCUUAAUAAUCAGCUGAUAACAUAUCAUAAAAUACCUGUUUUGUACAAAAUAUUCAGAGCGGGGCAGAUAAUUAAAUUUAAUCCAAAUAAACGUGUCUUUUAUUUUUGUAUUCUUGCAAAUGUGUAAGUAAAUAAAAAAAGAAAUGUCUUGUUAUGCAGAAUGAGAGCGCCGUGUGUUUGUUCGUAUAGCUUUUAUUACCUGUAAGGUCAGCUUGUAAAUCAAGUGCGCAUUGACUUUGUUGUGGAUAGAAUAUUUAUGUACUCUAUAAUUCGCGACUCAGUGCCGAUGGAGUACGAUAAUGAUGAGAACACGUGGCGAAGGCCGUCCUCGGCGAAGGUGGAACGAUCGGCAUGCCAUCAGAUACCAAGGCGCUCCACAACAGUUGCUGUAGUAGUGCUGGGGCUAGCGGUGUUGAGUUGCUUGCUAGGCUACUGUGUGCUCAGCGAGACCCUGCCUUAUGAGUCUAAGACAUUACGUCUUGUUAUCAUUAUAUUCAGACAUGGAGCGAGAACCCCAGUGAACACCUACAACAGUGAUCCAUAUAAGAACUACCAGUGGCCAGAUGGACUCGGAGGUUUAACAAAUGUAGGUAAACUUCAGCUAUAUGAAUUGGGCAAGAAAUACAGAAGUUACUAUGCCAACUUUAUCCCUGAAGAGUAUUGUGAAAAGGAUGUUUUUGUCCGGAGCAGCGACAAGUCGCGAUGCAUGAUGAGCGCGUACACGUUUCUCGCCGGCCUUUACCCGCCAUCAGAGCGCCAGAUGUGGCACCCCGAUAUCCCAUGGCAGCCUAUACCUGUGCACUCGCUGCCAAAGAGCCUCGAUAAUAUAGUUGCCUCAACGAAACCUUGUAAGGUUUGGCAAGCAAUGUACGACGAAACACUUGCGGAAAGGAACGCAGAUCCAAAAUAUGUGGAGCUUUUCGACUAUUUAAGUAAACACACGAAUCAGAGCAUGCGCAGUAUUCUACCUAUAGACUUCUUGUACAGCACACUCAUGUGUGAACAAGAGGCUGGACUUAAACUGCCAGAGUGGACGAAAACAGUAUUCCCAGGCAAAAUGCGGACGCCGUUUAUGGAAAGUUUAGCUGCGUUGGCGUAUAAUGAGACGAUGCAGAGGUUUUACUCUGGUCCGCUUCUGAAGGAGAUCAAGCAGUACUUCGACGCGGCAUCCGAGCACGAGAGCUUGGACCGCUCGCUGCUGGUGUACUCGGGGCACGACGUGACGCUGGUGUCGCUGUGGCGCGCGCUGGGCCGCGCCGAGCUGCUGGAGCCUGAGUACGGCGCCAGCCUCGUGCUCGAGCUGCACGAGGACGUCGAGCAGGAGGCCUUCUUCGUCAAGACAUUCUUCCGAAACAACACAAAAGUUGAAGUUCCAAUGGAGUUAAAGCUACCGUUCUGUGAUGAUCCCUGUACAUACAGCCAGUUCUCCACGCACAUCGCCAAGAUCAUUCCCGACGACUGGGAGGCGGAGUGUGGCAACACCGACAAGUAAACGAUAUUACUAUUUACUGAUAAGAUUUAUGCCAACAACCCUAUUGCUAGGAAUCGAUGAGUUGUAAAGAAAUUUCGUAUAUUUUAUUUUUUAGUUUCGUAAGCUAAUUUUUUGCAGGCCUAUUUUUCAUGUUGAUUUUGGCUUAAUGAAAGUGUUUGGAAAGAGAGCAGUAGCCAAAAUAAUUUAUAACCAAAUUGAUCCAUCAAACUAACACACCCCUCUUUUUUCGUUAGGUCUAAACAUACGUAGUUAUUGUGUUGCUUUACAAAAACAAGCUGCGAUGUAGAAGCAUAAAGAAGGUCUUCUAAAUUAUCGUAAGCAUAACUCGGCGAAGGUUCCCUUUUCUUACACUGUGUAAGCUACACGAAUGUGUUCAAUUUUAUUUUGUGAUAUUUUUAUCUUCAAAAAUGGAAUAAUUAAAGUACUCUAGGUACGAACAUAUAUUAUUUUUAAGGUAAUCUUGGUUAGGUAAAUUUCCCGGGGGGACGCUUAGUUUUUAAAAGACUUUCGAAUGUUAUCCUUGAUCAAAAUUGAAGAAUAUUUAUUUUAUGCUUAUUCAAGUCAAGGGUUUUAAAAAAGAAAAGCUAAAGUCAAUAAUUAAUACAAAGGUUGUUUCGUUUUAGAAUAAUAUUAGUUAUAAAGUUUAAUAAUACGGCCUCUCUUGAUUCAUAAACAUGGCAAUUUUAUGCAUAAUCUUAAGUAGGUUGGGUUCAAAGCUCUUAAUAAACUGUGAUUAUUUAUUAUUUGCCAUAUUAUUAUGAAUUCGCUUUUCGCUGCUUCGGCGUUCAAAGGCUCAAGUAUCAACAGCUCCGGAACAACAGAAGAAACGUUGUAGGUGCUUUUUUCUUGCUAACUUUAUUCAUAUAUUUACGUAUAGGUACUGCUAACUUAAUAGUGUAAUCGUUGUAAUUAAAUUGUCUGUGAAUAAGAAACGUCACAAUGCCAUGAAAACAUGCCAAAAUUUAACUAAUAUUAGUCUUUUGAAAAGAAGUUUUUAUAUCACAAUUCAUUUUAUUGGGUGUAGCUAAGAAGCUGAACGAAAAUAAUGUUUAAAAUUACUAUGAAAGUAAUUGUUACUGAUAAGUUUCUUUAAAUACCUAUAUACGGUUCUUUACAAAUAAAUAAGUAUAUCAUAAUAAAAGAAUAGCUAUAAUUCGUUUACUGACGGUCUAACUCAUUUAUGGUAAUUAAAAAGAACUAAAAUAGUUAUUGUGCGUAUUACGAUAAAUAUAAGCAUAACAUUUGAAAACAAACAUUUAUAUACUAAUGUAUUUUAUCGUAUUUAUAGUAGAUCGAUAUAAUACGUAAUAGAAUGUGCAUUUAAUAUAUUUGUCUUUUGACCCAAUUCUCAAACAAUACUGUAUUUUUAUAGUGAUAGUAAUUCUGAGUACACACUGCACUUACCCAACUCUCUUUGCCUUAUUUAUAAUAGCUAAACAUACGUACUUACUUGAUAUUACUUAAAUAUUUACCUGAUAAUUAAAGGAGCACGACUCACGAGCAGCAGACGGUGUUUGCAAAAAAAAUAAUGUAAUUUUUACCCAGACGUGUUAUUGUGAGAGUAACUUGCAAUAAAAUCAUAUUUUCUAACUUCUGAAUAAUGUACAUUUUACUUUUCUAAUUUCAAAUCUACAACAUUUCUGAAAAGACUGUUUUAGUAUAGUCUUCGAUUUUUUUAUUGGCAACUUGAUUUACCUAACUAUUCCGAUUUAUGUGCAAAAUAAGAAUUUCUUGAAAUAUUAUUCCCCGUAUGUUUAGGGGUACCUAUAUAUAGGCGAGGUUUGAAAUAUGCUGGCCAUAGUAGGUAUGGAUAUAAUUUAUUAGGUCACAAAGACACAAUAAGACAGCGCAAUUUCAAUCAACAGCAUUUGAUGAUAUACUGCAGAGCUUAAAAAAAUAGGGGCUGAAUAAACCAGUUCUAUAACCAGUUUAAAAACAUAUUUAUUUUUGCAAUGAGCCUAUGAAUUUAUUCAAUAUUUAAAUAAAUAUAUAAUUUAAAUACAUACUGCACCAAGAGGAGUAUUACAAAUGCUCGACAGCUCAGUGAGGUCUUUUCUAUGCCAAGUGCAGUUAAUAUAAGUAUGCCUUGACUUUUACUUUCGUAUGCACAAUUUUCUCACAAGGACAAGUUUGAUGAAAAUAGAAUGCUAUUUAUUACAUAUAAGUAUUUCAAAUAUUCUCGAAUAUUUACUGUACUGUCAUAUAUCACAAGGUAUUUUAAUGUUGAAUGUUUUAAGUAGAAUCUAUACUGUUUAAGUGUACCUACAUGUAGGUAUAAUAAUAUUAUAUGCAACUGUAAAAAUAUGUAUAUGUACCCCAAGGCACACUUUCUAUUGAAAAAUUGAUGUUCAGAAUUUAGAGACAGAUUUAGUGUUCUUCGGUAUUUAUUUUUCUAAAACCUUUGUGCAGUUUUACUUAGAAGUUUAUAAAUAUUGGUGGCUAUGGUAAUGGGCCACACAUCCAAAAUGUUACGUAAGUUAAUUCACAAUUUACAAUCUAAGAUAAAUGUUGUCCUCGAUAUAUACGCAAGAAAUUUUAACUUCGUUGAUAAUAAAUGUUAGAGUUUAAUCGUAACAUUUAAAUGUUGUUGUUUUUUGUAAUGUUUAAUAUUAAAUAUGUUGUAUGUGA